AAAUACACGGCUAUAUAAACCAGGUUUUCAUUGAAAUCACUUUCACUUGAGUUCACUAUGUCUACAUCAAAAGAUUUCAAUGGGAAAGUAGUGCUGAUCACCGGUUCCAGCGGUGGUAUCGGAGCCGUAGCCGCCGUCGAGUUCGCCCGAUAUGGGGCUCAGGUAGUGGUGACCGGAAGGGACGCUCAGAAAGUGUCAGAUGUGGCCAAACAAUGCGCUAAAGUUUCGCCCAAAGGUCUCAAACCUCUUGAAGUGGUGGCAGAUGUCAGCAAAAACGAUGACUGCAAACGACUCAUCGAUUCCACGAUCAGUGCGUUCAAGAAGUUAGACGUUUUGGUGAAUAACGCGGGAAGGGGUAUGAGAUGUCCCAUCACUGACACUACCGUUUUGGACAAAUACCAAGAGGUGAUGGACACUAAUCUGAAGUCCGUUCUCUAUUUGACUCAUUUAUCUGUUGAACACUUGGAGAAAACAAAAGGCAAUAUAAUUAACAUAUCGAGUGUCGCCGGACUUAAACCGUUUUCGGGCGCUUUUCUAUACUGUAUGUCGAAGAGUGCCCUGGACAUGUUUACAAAAUGCCUGGCCCUCGAGUUGGGUCCGAAAGGCAUUCGCGUCAAUGUUAUCAAUCCGGCUGCCGUGAGAACCAAUUUCCUGAAUGUGUUGGGAAUGUCUGACCAACAGAGGGACGAGAGAUACGAUGAGAUGAGUGGCAAAUAUCCCAUCAGACGAGUCGGUGAAUCCAUAGACAUCGCGAACGCCAUACUAUUCUUGGCGUCCGAUGAGUCCUCGUUUGUGACGGGAAUUAACUUUGUCUCAGAUGGUGGUGCUCUCAAUGCGUCGCUUUAAUACAUAAUAACGUAUUUUUUAAUGAUUUACGAGUUAAAAAUAUAAUUUGAAUAAUUUGAUUAUUAAUUGCCUUCAAUAAAAUGAAAUAUUCCG